AUGGCUAAGUCUAAGAACCAUACCGCUCACAACCAAACCAGAAAGGCCCACAGAAACGGUAUCAAGAAGCCAAAGACCUACAAGUACCCAUCUUUGAAGGGUGUUGACCCAAAGUUCAGAAGAAACCACAGACACGCUCUACGUGGUACUGCUAAGACUUUGGCUGCCGCUAAGAAAUAA